AUGCUGAACAAGCAUAUGACCAAAUUCUCCAACCUCGCCACUAUCUGCCUCCUUGCUAGGUUAAGACAAUCUUCAGCCUUCCACCUUAAGUGCCAGAAAUUCCAAUAUCAAUAUGCUUGCGGCCAUAAGAGCGACGUGGAAUGGGUUCCGCUGGACCCGGCUGAUUGUGACGAUGCGCCGUAUAUGCAAGGGACGACCAUAAAGCUUCGUUGCACACCCCCAGCAUCAACUGCAACGCGUUACCGGUCUGGUGUGAUGGUUCGGCUGCAUGCGUCAGAAGAGGGUGCCAACGCCUUGCCUCUUUUAUUUCUGGCUCAUCUGACGCCAGGUGCAGCAGAGGUAGGAGACUUUGAACUCUCUGUUCGGUGUCUUGGUAGCGUAUUCUGUAUCCGGUAUUCACCCAGAAACAUUUCACCUUCUAACCUCUUUGACAAAUAUCGCCAAUUGUCGAACGACUACGAGGAGGCUGGCAAUCCGUUAGCGGUGCACCAGCUGAUUAAGCCGUUCGAGCCUCUAAUGGAGAGCUUGGUACCUCCAGAUCAAGGCUAUCUCCUCUCCGACUACCUGUAUCCAAGGUACUUCGUUCUUGAGGCGAUAGCGGAUCCGGAAGACACGGAAAUAACUCCGAAACUCAAAGAAUCGAAAGAGUCCCUUCCUGGAGACUAUACGCAUCAAUGGCCCGAACUAGCGGAUCUUGGGGACUGGGUGACGAACAUUUAUCCGUCAAGCCAAAUUUGCCUUCCUGCUCCCCCAGAGCAAGAUACUCGAUUGAGCGGCCCAGAGAAAGUUUUGAUCGACGGCGAACCAUACUUCUUCAAGAGAUGGCAACAGUCUGCCCGCCCCCCCGGAGCAAACUUUACGGAGCUUCGUACGUAUAAACAAAUCCAAAAUGCCUUUACAUCAAGACGAAUUCAGCACGACCUACGAAUCUGCCGCCUACGUGGAGUCGUGGUGGACAGCGACGAUCGGACACCUUGCGGCGGUGAUGUGGAACCAAGUACCAUCCCGGCACGACUUGUUGGGAUCUUACUUACCUUCAUCGAGACGAACCGACCGAAGUGGAUGGGGACUCUGUCUAGCAGGGUCCGUCGCGGAGGUUGCUCCCCUGACACACUUUUUCGCUGGGCAUGCGAGUUGGAUGCAUGCGUCGCUGAACUACAUAAGGCUGGUCUCGUCUGGGGAGAUGCGAAGCCAGAAAACAUCUUAGUCGACGGGAAGGAUAACAUCUGGAUCAUCGACUUUGGAGGUGGUUAUACCGAUGGCUGGGUCGAUAAGGAGAAGGCCGAAACAACGGAAGGGGAUCGGCAAGGCGUCGCAAGAAUCAAAGCCUUCUUACGAGGAGGGGAGGGACGGAAUGGAAAAGAAGAGGAAGGGACGGAAAGGGGAUGA